UGUAACAAUAAAAGAUAUACUACUCAAAUAAGUGAAAGUAGCCUAAAAAUUGAAUUUUUUUGACAAUUAUUAUACAUGAAUUAAAAAAAAAUUCAACGAUUGUACAACAGAACAACAUCACAUUGUGAAAAUGGCACGUCCAGGGUUCAAAUUACUCGCAGGAUUGCUCUUUUUUCUUAAUUAUUGUACAGCAAAUCAAAUGAAAGAAUUGAAGAUCCAUACGUUGCCUGUUUAUGCAAUGUUAGCAAACUCAGGACUUUUAAACUCAACUCAAUGUGGAAAGGAACUUACUGAAUUUCGACAAGCCAUUGAUCAGCAAAAAUUAUGGAGUUUGAAAGUAUUUUAUUUUUUUUAUUUAGUAAUCGAUGCUAGCGGCGAACCGAGAUCAGGAUUUAUAUAUGGCAAUAAUUAUUGGUUGGGUAGCAGAAGUCAAUGCGAAGAUGCAGGAAACAGAGAGCCCUAUGAAUUGUCGCCAGAUGUAUUACGAAACAAUUCAAAAUAUCGUCAUAUGGAGGAGGAAUUUCCACCAUUCAAAGUGAAAUUUUUUGUUGCUAAUUUUCGACAUAAUAGCACUUUACAAUAUCACUUCGAAUUGCCCGAAGAAGAUUUGAUAAUAUUAGGUAUGUGCUUACCAGAAUCCUGUUCGAAGGACCAUCUUUCUACUCUUCUAGAAAUCUUGUUGAGAAAUAGAACUCUUUUUAAAGGCGAAUUAUAUUCAGCAGAYUUUACGUUGGUUGAAGUAAGAGAUCUAGUCGAUGACCAUCGAUGGUUAUUAAGUGGAACAUUUAUUACAAUGACAGCAAUAAUCAUACUCACAUUACUAUUAAUGAUAAUAGGAACGGCUUACGAUCUUCUGAUAUAUCAAAAACAAUUAAAGAAACAUUACAAAUAUAUUCAAGACCGAGACAAUUUACAAGCAAGAGGUGACACACAAGCACCAAACGAUAAUAACAUUGAUCAACCGGAAAAACUAAAAUACCAAAGUUUUCUUUGGAACAUGUUUUUAGCUUUUUCUGCAUAUUCAAACACGAAAAGAAUAUUUAAUAUGAAAUCUGAGAAUGCUGGUAUUCCGGUUAUACACGGAUUAAGAUUUUUURCSAUGAUAAUGAUUAUUUUAAUUCAUGUAUCUUACUUUUCAAAGGAUUUUGUAGAAAACCGGUCAAUUGCUAUAAGAAAAAAACAAGAAUUUUUUGGUCAAAUARUAUACAAUGGAGGAWURCUGGCAGUUGAUACAUUUUUUUAUAUUGGUGGUUUCCUAGUCGCAUACUUGUAUGUAAAAAAAGACAUGAGCAAGAAUAUAAGUAAACCGAAUGAUUAUUUAAAUACAAUAAAAUUAUAUUUUAUCGUUCUCCUGAAAAGGUUUAUUAGAUUGACACCUACAUUCAUGGUAUUAAUCGGAUUAGUGCAGAUAAGUGCAACGUGGUACAGUAAAACGUCCCUCUUUCCCAUAACGGAACGUAACCACGAAAAUUGUCAAAAAUAUUGGUGGAGAAAUAUCCUUUAUAUUCACAACCUUUUUAGUCUACAAGAUUUGUGUAUGAGUUGGAGUUGGUACUUGGCGAACGAUAUGCAGUACUUCCUCAUAAUAAAUUUUCUGUUAUUUUUAUCUUCAACGUACUUCAAAAUAGCAGCUAGUUUGUUGGGUAUAUUGUUUACCUCGUCAAUAAUUCUUACUGGCUACAUAUCAUACAUUUAUAAUUUUAUUCCUACAAUGGAUAAGGAAAUAAAUUUAGCGGACGUACUAUACUAUYCACCAUGGACCAGGAUAGGACCUUACAUAGUGGGUGUGAUGACUGCGUAUAUUGUUGUCAAAUUAAACAACAAAUUAUUAUGGAAAAGAGUAAACAAAUAUUCUGAUCGUUUAGCGCUUACAAAUACUUCAUUAUCAUAUUAUUUUCUUGAUGAUGUUGAUGUUUACACUAAUGUUGWUAAAACUGAUUUUAGAAAAMAAUAAUACUCUUUUCGAURCUGGCCAGUUUAUGUAAUUUAUUAGUACUGUUUGGAUUAUAUUUGAGAAGAAUGUCAGUUUUAACUACUGCUAUUUACGUUGCUCUCAGUAGAACUGUAUGGGCAAUUGGUAUUGCAUGGCUAUUAAUAGCAUGUUGUACAAAUAAUGGAGGUAUAAAUAAAUAUCUGAUUCUAUUCUUCA